AUGAACACCACAACCACCCUCCCAACCACUCUAAAAAACAAAGCUCAAGCUCUCAUUUCCACAAUGUCCCUCCCCAAAACCUACAAAGCUGCUGUUUUCGAAAAAGCCGAUAGUCCACUCGUUAUCAAAGACGUCGAGCUCCGACAACCAUCCGCAAAUGAAGUUCUCGUGAAAGUCAUUGCAUGCGGUGUAUGUCACUCCGACGCCGUUGUUCAAUCCGGUGGCUUCGGAAACGGGUUUCCGAUCGUCCCGGGCCAUGAGAUAAUUGGUACUGUCGCUGCUGUUGGAGAAGGUGUCCAGAAGUGGAAGGUUGGGGAGAGAGUAGGAGGUCCUUGGCAUGGAGGUCAUGAUGCCACUUGUAAACAGUGCAAUCGAGGACAAUUUCAAAUGUGUUCCAAUGGUGCCGUUAAUGGUGUUACUCGCGACGGAGGAUACGCUGAAUAUGUUCACCUUCGAAGCGAAGCCGUAGUGAGAGUUCCAGAAGAUGUUGAUCCUUAUGAAUAUGCCCCAGUUCUCUGCGCCGGUAUCACGGUCUUCAACAGUAUGAGAAAAUUACAGAUUACACCUGGCGAAGUUGUUGCUAUUCAAGGAUUGGGUGGUUUGGGACAUUUGGCUGUACAGUAUGCAGCUAAGAUGGGAUUCAAGGUUGUCGCUAUCAGUGGUGGUGACAAGAAGAGAGAUUUUGCUCAUAAGUUGGGUGCUCAUGAGUAUAUUGACGCAUCAAAGGAUGAUCCCGUCAAGAAAUUGACCGAAAUGGGAGGAGCAGCCCUGAUUGUUUGCACGGCUCCAAACCCAAAGUCUAUCUCCCCCUUGACUGGUGGAUUGGGUGCGGGUGGAAACUUGCUCAUUUUGGCUCCUUGUGGUGGUGUGGAGAUCAACUCGAUUGAUCUCAUCGUGAAGGCGGCUUCAGUUUGCGGUUUCCCAUCUGGUCAUGCAUUGGAUUGUGAGGAGGCUAUUGAGUUCACAAAGUUGCAUAAUGUUAAUUGCAUGAUUGAGAAAUUCCCAUUGAAGGAUGUCCAGAAGGCUUAUGACCACAUGUUAAGUGGUGAUGUUAGGUUCAGAAGUGUUUUGGUCAUGGAUCAAUAA